AUGGCAAUAAAUCGAAUUGGACUGGAGGAGAGCGAAAGCCAGAACAGAAAAUUAAACCACAGUCUUAAACAGAAGGAAACAAAAGUCGAAGGUUUACAGAAACGGGUAGCGGAAUUGGAGAUCAGUCGGGAUGAUAACAGCCACUCACUGAGCAUGGCUCUGAAGCAGAAGGACACCAAGAUUGGACUCUUAACGCAGAAUAUACAGCAACAGGAGAGCGAGAACAUGGCCUUGGAAGCUAAAUUAGAAGAAGUCACUGCUCAGGCAAAUAAGUUCUCCAGGUUAAUUGAGCAAAGAGAGGAGCAGGUUAAAGGACUGAAAACGAGGCUUGAAGAAGCUGUCCAUCAGAAUAACAAGCUGACUCACGCUGCUGAGCUAAAGGAUGACAAAAUACAAUCACUGGAGAAAAGACUUGGAGCCUCUUCCAAAGAGCAGCUUCGACUAACUGAGAUUGUCGAAUCGUAUGACAAGAGAGCUGAAAAGGAUAGAGCUCAAAAAGGAAAGGGCGGCUCCUCACAGACCAUCAUCUUCAAACCGGCGGACUCUACAAGGUCGGGGCAGAACACUGUAGAGUUAUUGGCCAUCGCGGACAAAAGGAUAGCAGAUCUCAACGAGGAAAUAAGAAUUUUGGAAAAACAGAGCGCCAAGGUGACGGCUCAAAGCGAAGGAAUGUCAUCGAGAAAUGCUCAGCUGGAGAUUGAGAACGAAUCGCUGAGGAAUGACUUACAAAACGCUAGAGCGGAUUAUACCGCUCUGCAGGUGGACAUGAAUGAAUUCAGAGAUUAUUAUCAUCAACUGGACAUCGAAGCUUCAAAGAUGGGACACAGAUGCGAGAUGCUGAGUCAGCUGAAUGCCACCCUAGAGGAGGAAAACAAAGCGCUGGUGGAGCAAGUGAACAAACUCGUGGAACAGAAUCAAGAUCUUCUGGUGAAGUCGUUGGAAGACAAAGAUCAGUUUAUGGACGGCGAGAGAGCGUUCUCAGAUCGUAUCUACGCUCUGCAGCGUCAGAAAGAACGACUCGAGGAACAAGUUGACUUGGCAAACAAAGCGCUGGCAGAAAGCGCGGCCAAACCUAAAAAAAAACCUAACUUCCUUGCGAGAGUGAUGAUGAAGGCUGGAUUAAAAAAGAAGAAAGAUGAAAUUUCCCAGAAGAAACGGAACAGCGUUCAGCUUCUUCGCAUCGAUAACAGUUCAUACCUUGAAGAGUUUGACACAAGCACGUCGAUCGCCACUCCUGUCAGCAGACGGGACGAAACGGGCAGCGAAGGCUCACGGGAAAGCUCUGCUUCCGGGGAUUCGAAAGCAGCAACCAAGAGUUUGUUGAAUUCCAGCUUAAUUAGUGCCCAGUCCGAUGUUGUCCUUAGGCGGCAGAGAGAUGGACUCUCGUCCCCUUACAUCAGCACGCCUGUGUUACCUCGAGCGGAAGAACCAGACAGUGUACGUCUUCGUUCCGCUACCCACGACGUGUCUGCUUUUCGUGCGCGUCACGUUCGUUCCGAGGUAUUCAAUGACAGCGACUGGUCACCUGGAAGGCUUGGUCGCCCACGAAGCAUGGACGCUUUGGACAAGCUGCCGAGUAGCUCGUCGACUCUGACACCCAAUGAUGUUGAUUCCGGGGAUGGACUUCCAGACGGUAAUGGAGCUGGAUCUUCAGGAAAACUACUGAAGCAGCCAGGAAUGAAGCACCUGAAACCGACUGCAUCUCCAUCAGGGAUGAGGAAGCAUUACUGGACUCGCAGUAGCCCUAACAUAUCUCCAGUUGCUCCUCGAAAGGAGUAUCCAGUCUCUCUUGAACCUUUGCCACCCUCACCACCUUCUACUUCCGUGCAGAGAACGUUAAGUCCUCACUCCUCUCCUAUUCUGGCCCGGAAGUUGGAAGAUAAGCCGUCUCCUCGGACUCCUCAGCGUAGCCCAAUCAUGGGGAGGAAAGAAAAUGGCGCUUUGUCCCCUCAAAGAGAUGCGCGACGGGCGAGCAUGCCCAUUACGCAGUACACUCAAAAUCUUGACACUAUACCAGUUCGAGAACGAGCUGUAGAACCGACCAAAAGUAAAAUAUCUGUGCAAGUGAUAGCUGCCGCGAACACGCCUAAUGGUUCGUCUCCGUCACUUACUAAUAAAUUCGUCUCAUCACCUUUCCAAGAGGAUCAGGCGAGGAGAGUUACAUUAGAAAAGAAAGAAAACAGUCCUCAGGCACGAGAAGGGGCACUGGUUUUUAAUGGUGGUAUAACAAGUCCUUACCAAGAGAGGGAGCGCAAUUUUGGCGGUGACAAACGCGAGGAACCCACUACAUCCACGCCUCGUGGAUUUCAGCGGCAAGAGAGCUUAAGAGGCGAUAAGAACAUUAAGAAGGGUAUGGAACCCUCCAGGAACUAUAGCACAUUGCCAUCUCGUUCUAAACAAACGCGAGAAAGGAGUGCCCGUGGAGAACAGAAUGGUGGUAAACUAAUUGAAUCCCCGAGGAACUACAAUGCUGUUCCCUCCCAUGUUCAAAACGUUAGAGAAAAGAGCUCAGAUGGAGACACGAGUGAUAGCCCAAAGGUAAUUUAUGUGAAUGACUCACCUAAUCGUGACACAAGUCAAACAAGUUCAGCUCAUUCAAGAGAAAGGAGCCUUAGUGGUGACAGAAAUGAAGGACUCAGGGCAUCAAAGCGGCAGGGCACUAUAUUUGCAGCUUCAACCGCUCCACCCCUGCAAAGUGUCCCAGUCACAGCGCAUUAUGUUACAAGUGGAACUAUACCUAAGAGCGAGGCAUCACCCAGCGCGGCAGUGAGUACUGCUGGGGCUGGAACUUCAGUUUACGUAGACGCAUCCGGGGUUGAUUUGAGUUCAACUCCGGUGGUUUCUCGUGGGAACCGUGCGGAAGUCACUUCGUCAUCGGUAUUCGCCAUUGUGCGGAAUAAACGCGGGGAUGAACGUGUACUACCCUUGUCAAACAACAAAUUGCCUUCACGCGACUCGAUUACACCAUCUCGCGAUCACACCACUCCGUCACGAGCCAGCGCCACGCAUGACUCUCGGUUGCUGUUGAAUAGCAAUACUGCUGUAUUGAGAAAUACGGUUAGUGCUGAUACCAAUAUGCCGUCACGGUAUGGUACAGCGCCCUCGCCGCCUAAUGUCGUCCCCUCUAAUCCUGUGGAAUUGAAGCCAUCUGCGAACGAACAAAGAGACGAGAACAGGAACGACACUAAGGUAAUCGUUUCUUCGGGAACAAUUCAAGAAACCACUAAACAAAACGUUUCCAGCGAGCGAGCGCGGCUUCUUGAAAUUGAACAUACAUCUCCAGCCGACAACGGAAGUAUAGCAUCAACGUACGUGCAGCCCUCUUCCCAGACCCUAGCUGAAGACAAUGACGACGAUGCUAGGUCUGUUUCGUCGCAUCGCAGCCGCGAUUGCUCACCGGCAUUGAAAAAGGUGCGCAAGGCAAGGAAAGCAGCAAAGGAAAAAGAGAUAUUCAUGGAUUCUCCUCCUGCUCUGCCAGAUGAUUCGUCGAUGGCGUCAGGUCGAAGAUCAGGCGCGGAGGAGAGGGCGCAGACGAGAUCUGUCGGGUCAAACCCAGGAGAUGGUAAGAAAUCCUCGGUUUGGUACGAGUAUGGGUGUGUGUGAUGGCUGAUUAGUUCAAGAUGUAAUGAAGUAGUUAUUUAUUGAUGUUUAGAGUGAUAGCUAAUUGCAAACAAUGAAACCUAUCAGCUGUACAUUUACAGGAAGUCUAGUCGCUUAUGGGAAACAGUCGCUCGUAACACGUCGUGCAGGAGAAUUGAUAACUCGAUCAAGUUUGAGCUGGCUCUUGCCUUGUUUUUGUUGAGUAUGAAAAAGGAAAAGAUUACGUUUUCAAAACUUUAUACAAUAGGGAUACAAAGGGGGCUAGCCAUCCAGAGUCUAGCACACUGUGUCUACGCGAGUUCUCGCAGGCUCUCGAAGAAAUCGUGUAUAUAAUGUGAAUAUCGACCGUAAUCUACUCCCCAGAUCUUUUCUUACUUUCACAGAGUGAGAAGAUAUGGGUACUAGUUUGCUUUUGCCCUUUGUACAGUUUUGGAAGAGUUAGUAAAGUUGUCUUCCCUUCUAUUAAAAUGUAUUUAUGACUAAUUUUUUCAGUGUACGUGAAUAAUCUUUUAUGAUUGCCAAAUGUCAAGUACCGUAGUCUAUUUUUGAUGAUGAACGUAAGUUAGAAUGGAAAUCAUUAGUACGCUUUCCACACCAUCUAGUUACAAUAAAGAAAAAGUGGAUUUGGAUUAAUUAGUUUGAAAAUGUUCAUACUGUUUUAUUUAUAUAGGUAUUUAAUAGCAUCGCUGUCCACUAAAUAAUUUAUUAAAUGAACGUUUCUUCAGAUGACGAAUUUCUAACCUUUUAAUAACUGAUCACCUUUGUAAUUCUACUAAUAAAGGUUUGGA